CGUCCGGGUUUUCAUUCAUAAGCGAGCAACGCCAGCGAACGGACGCAAACGCGCUUGGGCCUAACCACAAGCUAGAUACAUAGAUACUUAGAUUAUUUAAAGAAAGAUACAGAUUUAAGAUACAAAGCUACAAAAUACAUGAACUCGAAUACAUAUUCUAUAUGCAUACAUAUAUCUAGUGAUAUUUAAUUGAUACUAAAGGAACUGCCGCAGCGAAAGCUUUCAAUUAUAACGUUUUCAAGUGCCGCAGAUAAAGAAGAAAUAAACAAGUGCGUUUGAAGUGAUUAGAUACAAUCGAAAUUGUAACUGAAAGAUACAAAUGCAAUUAUGAAGGACUUUGGCAAAAUGUUUGGGCGUCGCUACAGUGCCGUUUGUGUUAGCGAUGAGGAGGCCGGUCUGAAUGCCAAUCAGUCGGCUCAAAUCAAUUCAGAUGCAGUAGAAGGAUCUUCAGAAGCAGCAGCAGCAGCAACUGCGGCCGCAUCCUUGCCAGAGUCAGAUCCUGCCACAAAUUCGGCAACGUUGGCGGCGUUACAGCGCGCCCAGCGUCGCAAGAGUCUCAAGGCAAAUCGUUCCAUGAAGCCCAUGGACAUAUUGGCCACCUUCUUCAAUGAACAGCAUCAUGGCAAACACAAUGCUCGCUCACCCACACGUGCCUUUUUGUUGCUGGCCAUUGGAUUUUUGGCUAUAACAACGGCGGUGCUGGUUAAAGUCUUUCAACCCUACGAUUUGAUAUUCAAAUGGAAAUUGGUAAUGGCAGACAAUGGAGAAAUCUUUAAUCUUUGGGCCCAACCACCAGUCGAUUUGUAUAUCAAAAUAUAUUUAUUCAACAUCACAAAUGCUGAGGCGUUUCUUGCGGGUCGCGAAAAGCUGCAAGUAGAGCAAGUUGGUCCUUACGUCUACAAAGAACUUAUGACACAUGAGAAUAUCACGUUUAAUGAUAACAACACGAUGUCCACGACACCCAGUCAUCCAUUGGUCUGGCAGGAGCACCUUUCCGAAGGUCGUCGAGAGGACGACGAGGUCAUAAUGCUCAACAUAGCCAUGCUGGCUAUCUCACAUCUGACUGCCAAUCAUAAUUACUUCUUUGUCCGUCUGCCGUUGCAAGGACUCUUUGCAAGCACAAAAUCGGAGCCAAUUGUGCGAAUGACAGCUAGGGAAUUUAUGUUUGGCUUUCCAUCAGCACUAGCCACAUUGGGCAACACUUUUCUGCCCAAUUGGAUAUCGUUUGAGAAGGUUGGUUUGAUUGAUCGCAUGUAUGACUUCUCAACGGACUUUGAGACGUUCCAUACGGGCGUGCCAAAUCCUGCUAUAUCGGGCCUAUACGACACAUAUCGUGGAGAGAAGACACUGCCGCAGUGGGAUGGCGAUCAUUGCAGUAAUAUUGAGUUAGCCUCCGAUGGUACCAAGUUCAGGAGUUUCAUACAACCCAACGAUACUGUAAAGUUCUUCAGGAAGAGCAUGUGCAGGCCCAUUAAUUUGUAUCGUGUUGGUGAGGAGCGCACUUUUGGCAGCUUGAAGGGUUAUAACUAUGUGUUCGAGGAUAAUGCCUUCGAUAAUGGUGCCAUCAAUGAGGCCAACAAAUGUUUCUGUCGUAGGGGGGAUUGUCAGCCGGUUGGUUUGAUUGACGUCACAGACUGUUAUUACGGUUUCCCCAUCUCUCUCAGCUUUCCACACUUUAUGAAUGGCGAUGUCGGCCUUGUGGAGAAUGUUACUGGCAUGGAGCCUGAUCCUGCAAAGCACUCAACAGCAUUUGUCAUUCAACCGGAAUCUGGUCUGCCGCUGUCGCUGUCCGUAAAAGUCCAAAUCAACAUGCACUUCAAGGAUUUGCAUAACUACCAACAAGUCUCAAUGUUUAGUCAUCUGACUGCACCCAUGCUCUGGUUCGAAAUUAUGAUGCCCAAACUGUCUGAUUCGUUGGACACACGCUUUAAUUUCUAUUUAAAUCUCUUGCCGCUGGUGAAUCCUCUGGGAUUCUGGGGUGCUCUAGUGUUGGGCGUGUCUCUGCUGGUUUAUGCCAUAACUCGUGCCACACUGCACAUGUCCAGCUUUACACGUCAGGCGACCAUUUCAGAUGGGAAAUAUGCACGUGCCAAUUUAUUGCACAACAUAACGGGCAGCGGUGCCAACAUUGUGGGUGGCAAUCAGGUGUAUAAUCCCUGUGAGCUCAAGCUGCUGGAUGAUAUGCCGGCUGGCAAGAAACAUGUCAUAAUACGCGACAACUGUGAGGAUGAGGUUUAUCAGGAGCGUCGACAAUCGGCGUAUGCCCUGGAGCUGGAGCCAGCGCUCUCCGAUGCAGAGAGCAGUGAUGAGGGCAAUGAGAGUGACACUGUGACUCUGAGUCGCAACUCCACUACAUCCAGUUCGUGCAUUGAAGUUGAAAAUGGCGAUGAUGAUGAUAUCUGCAUAGAUUGCUUCAAUGAUCACAAUUUGGAUGUGGAUGCAGUCAGCCAGUGCAACACAGGGACGAAGCAACAGCUGGGCGUUAGUUUGACCAGCAGCGGCUUUGCUUCGACGACUCCAUCAGCCAACGGCUCCAGCUCCAGCUCUAGCUCCAUCUCCAGCUCCGGCUCCAGCUCACAUGUGAAUGUGGACAGAGAGAAGAGCAGCUCCAGUAAAAGUUGGACGCCCUAUGCACAUCCCCAGCAAAUUGGCACAGGAGCGAUAACAAAGCAUCUGUAGAAUUAAGUUACAAAUUUAACAUUUAGUGUAGGUUGUCGGUAUCCUUAUGAUUGAUGUAUGUGCGUGCACACUUAUUUAAGUGUGCUAGUUCGGUUGGGCAUCGGCGUCUUCGGCCGCUUUGGUUUGAUAUAGCAUUUUAUAUAGUGUAAAUAAUAUGAAAGCCAAGUGCUGCUUUUAUUACUGUGAUAGCUUUAAAAAAACAUCAAAAACAAAUACCGAGUGUAGUUGUCCCCCACAAAAAAUAGAACGCCAACAUACGUAUAUCCUCUGUAUAUAGUAAAACAGUACUAAUUACUCCUGACUAUUAACAAAAAAAAAAAAAAAAAAAAAAAACUAACACUUGAAUGGAGUUAUUUAUAUAGAGUUUAAGCAGUUUGUAAGUUUCGUUCGCUAUAUAUAUUAGUUAACAUGUCACCUCCAUGAGGUGACACAUAUAAUUUGAAUUUAAAUAUGAAUUAAAGCAAAUUAUGAUGAAAACUUGAUAAGAGAUUUGCACAUCAACUGUAGUUCAGGAUCGUAAUCUAUGCUAAGAAUUGCUGUGAUUUUUGUAUUGAAGCUGAAUUUAUGGGCAAACGCAUUACACACAAGGCGUUCGCACAACAAUUAAACAUCUUAGCCUUAGACCAUGUAAUAUUAGCAUUUAAAUUGCAACAAAACAUAAAUAUAAAUAAAUAUACAAAUAAAAAAAACAAA